AUGGGCUCCAUAACUCCGGGGGGAAGAAGUGAUACCGGAGGGCCCUCUUUUUCGACAACUCAAUAUCAAACUAAUUCGAUGAGAGGAAGCAACCCAAUUGCUUUCAACCUAAACACUGAUGAACAACCAACGCCAGGCAUGGCAGCACAAGAUUUAUACAGCGAGAUGCUGAAAAAAGUACUAGAACCUGUCCAGGCAAAUCUGGAUAAAUUGGCUAGUGAAGCAAAAAGAACGAAUGAUAGGCACGAAGAAACUAUGAAAAUCAUGAGGGAUAAUUUCAUCCCAACAGCGACAAGAAGAAGAGGAAGAACAGAAAACACAGACCCAGGCCGUCAAGAGUCAAGGGAAGAAAACAACAGAAGAAGAGAACCCCGAAACGGAGGAAAUGAGGAAAGAGACGAGGCAAGAAACGACAGAAACCGACGGGAAAAUGGAAACAGGAGUGACGAAGAAAGCCCAGGAAAUCAAGAGAAUGGAAAAGAAAAAUCCGACGAGCGAUCCCCUGAAACGCCCAGAAAUGAGCAAAAUCAAGACGAUGCCCGAAGCGGGUUAAACUCAAAAAGAGAAGAACGAAGGGAGGAGAAAGAAGAUGCCCCACCUAAAACCAAGCGACAAGACAAAGAUGCAGGGAAAGAAUCUAGAAGAAAAGAUUGCCAAAGCACUCAAGAAACUGAAGUCAGAAGAGCUGGAUAUAGACGAUCUCAGGUUGAAGGGAUCGCCCCUUUCACAUGA